AUGGAAACUACCAUAACCACAGUGGGGCAAGAUGUUACUUUGAAUUGCAACUAUGAUGCUGGGUACUACGGCAGGCUUCCUGUAUGCUGGGGUCGAGGAGACAUCCCCAACAGAGGCUGUGCCAAUGAAGUUAUCAAGUCAGACGGGACGUCAGUGCUCCGAAGACUGUCAGAGCGUUACCUAUUAAGUGGUAACCUUGGUGAGGGUGAUGUGUCGCUGACCAUCAAGCAGGCUCAGGAGAGUGACUCAGGAACGUAUGGCUGCCGUGUGGAUAUACCGGGCUGGUUCAAUGAUCACAAACACCAGCUGACUCUGACGGUAGUGGCAGUGCGCCCUGAUCCUCUGAAGGUGGAAGCAGGAGAGGUGAAGGAAAGAACUGUCACUGUUCGCUGGACUCCUGUGUUUGAUGGCGGCAAGCCCAUUACACAUUACAGGAUUGAUCUAAAAAACAAACAGGCUGACUCUGGUGGAUCUGCGACCUGCCAAGAGCUACAACCUUCGCAUGUUUGCUACCAACAGUGUGGGUAUGAGCGAGGCCAGCAAUGUUCUGACAGUCACAACAAAGAAGCAGCACCAGAGGGUCCUCCGCUGGAUAUGAAGCUUGAGGCGCUCACUUCUCACAGCAUCAAAGUCACCUGGAAGCCUCCGAGGCUCGAUCUGAGAAAUGGAGUUCUUCGAAGUUACAGCAUUAGCUACAGAGAGUAUGACCCUGCUGGCAGACAGUUUAAAAGGUGGCAGCACUUAAGUGUGACAGCCACACGGGAACUGGAGAGCGUCAUCCUGAGCAACCUGAACCCUUCCACCAAAUACGGCGUGCUUGUACAGGCCAAAACAAAUGCAGGAAUUGGACCUGCCUCAACGGCACCUCUCUGCUCCACUCUUGAUAAGGUUCAACAAACUUCAACAGCGUCAACUAUUAUGACUACUUCCAUUGCCGCCACAGUGUGGAUAGAAGACACUACAAGUUUCACUUCAGGUCAUACAACUUCAACAGUUGAGACAACAGUUGAGACAACAGUUGAGACAACAGUUGAGACAACAGUUGCUGCUGCCACAGUCUGGGGAGACAGCACUACAACUAUCAUGUCAGUGCCCCCGGAUCCCCCAGUGGUUGAAUUAAAGGAGGUCAAAGACAAUGCAAUUUCUCUUUUAUGGACUCCUGGGUUUGAAGGUGACAGCCCCAUUACUGGAUAUUACCUGGAGUAUAAAGCAGUCAAUGCCUCGUGGGAUUACACAAAGACAGUUGUAGACUUCGGCCCCAACCAGACAGAGGCUACAAUCAUAGAGAUAAAUCCCUCAAAAUACAACAUCCGCAUGUUUGCCAAGAACAGUCUGGCCACCAGUAAAGCUAGCAACGUCCUUACCAUCACCACAGGAGAAACAGGUCAUCGUGGGGGUGUUCUCGUUACAACCUUAUUUCCUGGCACUCAAGCUCCUGUGAUCGCCGAGGAGAGUCCAAGUGGUCACCUAGCGGCCAUCGUGGUGCCGGUUGUGCUGGUGGUGUUGAUUGUUGCCAUAUUAACCACUUGGCAACUAAGACGAAUAAGGCACAAAAAGGGCAGCGUCAACUGUGGUGUUUGCAGUGGCUGGCCAGUGGAGUGCUACGUUACAGAGGAUCUGAGUCACUACAAGAGCU